UCCGUACUGUAUAUUUAUAUUUUUUGUUUAUGUUAGGAUUUGUUUGUCUGAUUAAUGUAUUUCCUAUUUAAUUUAUUUCAGUUCCUUGAAUAUUAGGAACCUUGACAUAGUUAUUGAGAUAAAGUGGAUAGCAAGUACAUAUUCAAAUAAAUAUUAACCAUGGAAAAUCUGAAAAAUAUUUGGAAACCGGAGCUGUAUAAAAUUCAGCUGGAAGCUCCUUUGCCAAAGAGAAUAAUAUGUGAAAACUGUCCUGACAGACCUGAGUUUUAUGGCAAAGAAUACCAUGGAGUUGUAGGUCACAAAGAGGCAACUUUGUUAUUAGAAAAUGAACCUAAUGGUGCAUAUAUAAUUAGGAAAGGAAAUCAAUGCAAUGAUUUUUAUACACUGACAUUGAGGUUUAAUGAUAAAAUACACCAUUAUAAACUGUAUUAUGAUGGAAAGCAUUACAUGAAAGAUAAGAGAUAUGAAACAGUACAUGACCUAGUCAGGGAUGGUCUAAUUACCUGUCAUAUGGAGCUGAAAGCCAACCACAUAUUGGAGAUGAUCAACUCAGAACAACAUCGAACCAAAUAUACAGACAGUCCUUAUGUCACACUCAACAGGCGGAAGUUGAACACUUUGUCACAAAUUAAGCAGAGUUCGAACAGAUCAAGUCCUCUAUUUAAUAAGACUGAACAGAAUGUAGAAUUGGACAUCGAGACUAAGAAACCAACAUUUGAUCUGACUCCAAGUCUAGAAGAUAAUCCCCUCCUAAUCAAAUAUUCGAAGUGUCACAGUUUCAAAGUACAUACAUUUAAGGGAUUGAACUGGUGUGAACUGUGCGCAAAUUUCCUUUGGGGAUUUACUGCGCAAGGUGUCAAAUGUGAAGAUUGUGGCUUCAUAGCACAUUCCAAAUGCUCCGAGAGAGUACCCAAUCAUUGCGUACCUGAUCUCAAAAAGCUCCGAGGUGUGUUUGGUAUAGAUCUAACAACAUUAUUGAACGCUCACGCCAGCACGCUCCCAUUUGUAGUCAAGAAGUGUGUAAUAGAGAUUGAAGCUAGAGGAAUGGACUCGGAGGGUAUAUAUCGAGUUUCCGGAUUUGCAGAUGAGAUUGAAGCUCUGAAAAUGGCAUUUGAUAAAGAUGGUGAAGCGACAGAUCUCAGUGUGUACAGCAAUAUAAACGUCGUAGCCGGAACGCUGAAGUUGUAUUUACGAUUGCUGCCGGUUCCUCUCGUCACUUACGAAGUGCAUCCAAAGUUAGUGGAAGCGAUUCAAAUGAAAACAACUGCUGCACAGAUUGCAAUGUUGCGAGAAUGCUUGGACAAGUUACCACCAGCUCAUUUCAACUGUCUACAAUAUAUGGUGCAACAUUUGUAUAGGGUAGCGCAGCAGUCGGAAGUGAACAAGAUGAGUCCUCAUAACCUAAGCACAGUGUUCGCACCCACUCUUGUCGCGACGCCUCCAGCUAUAACGGACUUGGCAUUCGAAAUACGCGCUCUGCAAGCUCUCAUAGAGAACUGUCCACAGAUCUAUUACGGUAAUAAGUAAUAAGGACAUCCUUGUUGACUUAGUUUAUGGUAGGGACUUCAGAUUUGAGCUUUUAAAUUGAACUCUAUUCUGGAGAGUAAUGCUAUAAAAAUCACUCAUGACGAUGAGAUAUUUCAAUAAUUUGCUAAAAUUUAUGUGCAAUACAUAUUUAAUUUCUUUCGUAUAAUCCUUUAUUUCCUAGGUAAGUUCCUAAUUAUGCGCUAAAAUUAUUUUAAGAACUAAA